AUGACUCACAAUGAAAGACCCCUGAUGCUAAAUAGUGAGGAGUUUGUCGAUUGCAAAGUUCAGAUGUAUCUACAUCUGAUCACUAUGGAUGAUGAAAUGUGCUCCAUCCUAAAAGAAGGUCCAAUAAAGAUAGAUAAGGAGAUCGGUGCAUGGACGGCUGAAGACAGAAGGAGAAACAACCUGGACAACCAUUGCAAGAGACACAUCUUCAAAUAUCUAGACAACAACACUUUCGGUAAAGUUAGAGAUUGUCAAAGUGCAAAGGAAGCCUGGAAAACUAUCAUUCAGCUCCAUGAAGGUAACGAAAGGACAAAGGAAAAUAAGAUUCUGGUGGUAACUCAGAAGUAUGAGAACAUCAGAAUGAAGCCUAGAGAAAACAUGAAGGAAUUUAGUGAUCAGUUCACUAGUGUGGUAAACAAGCUAUAUACACUUGGAAAUAGAUACGAUAAUCGGGAAAUAAUUGUUAAGGAAUUCAGAUCUUAA